UUCAAUCACCGCUUUCUCACUCUAAAACCAUUAGACAUUUCUUCCUAGAGAGAGAAGUAAACACGUUUAGCUUAAUUAAAUUUCCUUGUGUAAUUCUUAAAUCUUCUUUUCCAUAUUUCAUUCUGCGAAAAUUACAAUGGAAAGAUAUUUCAAAGUCAAAGAAGUAGCAACCUUGUUCUUUAAUUGACCGGAUUCCAACGAAGAUCUCGCCCUCUCCAUGAUCUCCAAACCCUCUUUAAUUAUCAUCGCUUCUUUGAUUUGAUUUAAUAAUUCUUUGUUCAAGUUUCCGAUUUACCCUUCUUUUGUUCAAAUCUGCUAUCCGGUUGAAUCUAUCGGCAUUCAUCGAGGGAUUGCGAGUUACUGUAUUUAAAAAGGUAGCGACAACUAUUGCGAAGUGAUGAACUCGGGAACUCCAUCAUCCAGCGCAGCAGGAGCUGGAUCGGCCGAUUCGACUGCGCCUAGAAGGAAUUCCAAGCGCCCCAAGUAUUCGAGGUUUACUCAACAGGAGCUUCCUGCUUGUAAGCCGAUACUUACUCCUAAAUGGGUGAUUGGAACAUUCUUGCUUGUUAGUGUUAUCUUUAUUCCCAUUGGUGUCGUCUCCCUCUUUGCCUCUCGAGAUGUUGUAGAAAUUGUUGAUCGGUAUGAGACGGAUUGUAUUCCUGAAGCUUUGAGAAAUGACAAGGUUGGAUUUAUUCAGAGCGAUCGAAGCAAAACCUGCCAAAGAACUCUCAGGGUUCCAAAGAAUAUGAAGCAGCCGAUUUAUGUAUAUUACCAGCUUGACAAUUUCUAUCAAAACCAUCGGAGAUAUGUGAAGAGCCGAAGUGAUCAGCAGCUGAGGAAUAAUGGAAGUCUGCAGGAUACAGGUCCCUGUAAGCCUGAGGACAAUACAGCUGGUGGGCCUAUUGUUCCUUGUGGUCUUAUAGCAUGGAGUCUGUUUAAUGAUACUUAUGGCUUUACUCGCAAUAACCAACAACUUAAUGUGAGCAAGAGAGAUAUCUCGUGGAAGAGUGAUAGGGAACACAAAUUUGGUAAAAACGUAUUCCCGAGAAAUUUUCAGAAUGGAACCCUGAGAGGUGGAGCCACUCUUAAGCCAAACGUGUCAUUGAGUGAGCAGGAGGACCUCAUUGUUUGGAUGCGAACUGCUGCACUUCCCACUUUCAGGAAAUUGUAUGGGAAGAUAGAAGUUGAUCUUCAACGUGAUGACUUUAUAAACGUGACAUUGGAGAACAAUUACAAUACUUACAGUUUCAGCGGCAAGAAGAAACUAGUUCUUUCUACCACAAGCUGGCUAGGAGGGAAGAAUGAUUUUGUGGGUAUUGCAUAUCUCACUGUUGGCGGACUAUGCUUCUUCCUGGCCUUGGUUUUCCUACUUAUUUAUCUAAUUAAACCAAGGCAACUUGGAGAUCCUUCAUAUUUGUCAUGGAACCGGAACCCAAGCGGUCACUAGUGCUAUAGCUUACGUUUGCGAUCAAAAUCUGAUAAAACCUUCUUGGAUAUGUGACAGUGGGGAUGAUGUGUGUAUAAACCUCGAUGAAGAGCUUUAUGAACAUUUGAUGCACAUUAUGUUGUAUGAGUUGAAUUUAUGCUAGUGAUCUCAAUAUGCCUAGAGCUGUAAAUCUAACUGAUUCUAUUUAUCGAUUAUCGACUGCAAGAUUUGCACAUA